GGGGCUGCAGCCCGCGCAGAUGGGCAGCGGUUUGUCGUCUGUUUCCAAUUCUUACCCGUCAUGUACGUACCGCCAAACCUUGAAUGAGCAAGGCAAGGUACGGUGCCGAGUGGGGGAUACCAAUCAUGACAGCAGCUGGGGGCGCGCUCAAGGUCGGAGUCGGACGAGACAACCGGAACAAGCCUCUCUUGUCUUGAGGGUUGUUACCGCACUUGGGUGUGUCAACGACGUAUGGUCGACGAAAUGCCACUGUCGUCGUCGAUGCAGGCGUUCAUCGUCUUUCUCGGUACUCCUCCCAUCCUGCUCCCUCUCCCCUCUACUUCGUACCAAGCUCUCGUCUGUCUGCCCGCAAAGGUCAUCUCUUGUGUGUACGUGGCAUUGCCCAUCAAGGGGCCUUCCCUGGCGGGAACCGCUGGUUGCGAGGCGCCAUGGGUGGGUGUGGACAAGGAUGUGAUGGCUGCAUG